AUGCCUUUCAACACUGCCCUGACGCGCAAGCUGGGCAUUCGCGUGCCCGUUGUGCAGGGUGGCAUGCAGUGGGUAGGAUAUGCCGAGCUGGCCUCGGCUGUCAGUAACGCCGGUGGACUCGGUAUUCUCACUGCCCUCACUCAACCUACCCCCGAAGAUCUGCGCAAAGAAAUCCGACGAUGCCGCACCAUGACCAAGUACCCCUUCGGUGUCAACCUGACUCUCCUCCCCGCCCUGGUUCCCCCAGACUACGGUGCUUACGCCCAGGUGAUCAUCGAUGAAGGAAUCAAGAUUGUCGAAACGGCCGGUAACAACCCGGGCCCAGUGAUCACGCAGCUCAAGAAGGCAGGCAUUAUCAUCCUGCACAAGUGUACCACCAUCCGGCAUGCCAAGUCCGCCAUCAAGCUAGGUGUUGACUUCCUGUCCAUCGAUGGCUUUGAGUGUGCCGGACACGUCGGAGAGCACGACAUCACCAACUUCAUCCUUCUUAGUCGUGCGCGCCAGGAGCUGGGCGUGCCUUUCAUCGCUUCGGGUGGCUUCGCUGAUGGACAAGGUCUGGCUGCUGCCCUCGCUCUUGGUGCGGAGGGUAUCAACAUGGGCACCCGUUUCAUGAGCACUGUCGAGGCUCCGAUUCACCAGAAGAUUAAGGAGGCCAUCGUUAACGCGCAGGAGACGGACACUGCUCUUGUGCUGCGUCGCUGGAAGAAUACUUCGCGUCUUUUUGCCAACCAAGUCACCAAGGAUGCGCUCAAAAUUGAGAAGGAGAGCACUACUGGUGAGUUCAGUGAGAUUGCGCCGUUUGUGAGUGGCAAGCGUGGUCGUCAGGUUUUCCUCAAUGGUGACAAGGACUUCGGAGUGUGGACUGCUGGCCAGGUUAUUGGAUUGAUUCAAGAUAUCCCAACUUGCGCAGUGCUGCUUGAGCGAAUUGAGAAGGAAGCCCUGGAGGCUAUGAACCGCACCCGAUCUCUGUUCACCGAUGCUCCUGCCAGCAGGCUGUGA